AUGAAGGAUUUUAACGUAUCUUCCGAACCUGACGGCAUGUCCACAUACGUUAGAAAUACCGCCAAUUAUCUGUCAACGUUGACAAGAAUCUUGGGCGUGUGUACUGCGAUUGCGAAACCGUUCGACCCUGAGCAAGCUUGGGCCGAUCAUCUGAACCGCUUGGCAGACAUCGACAAGCUGUAUCCGAGUAAAACGCCUUUGCUGGCUCGGCAUAUUAGCCCUCCUCUCAGUACGAAACGAUUGUUCGAUAUUCACGGCAACUUAGUGACCGAUUACGAUUACUUACCAUCGUUCCCCUCGUUGUUACGCAAGAAACCCCUAUUCGAUCUUCUCGAACCAUCACCGAUGGCACCGAUCAGUGCGUUUACCAGAGAUCCAUGGUGGUACCCAAGCUAUGCUCCCUAUAUUCCGAGCUAUGCUCAAAAAGCCACCCCGUUCUAUCUGAGGGACAGUUACCUUAGUCCUGUUAAACGUAGUUACCUGUGGAGCCGACAUCCAAUCAGGCCUUUCGCAAAAUAUCAAACCCAGAGGAACAGGUUUGUACAACAAUAUGCAUGUUUAUUAUCUAAAAGUUUUACAUCUUUAGGAUGUCCAUUGCAUUGUUGGCCUAUUUUGCCGGGAUUCGAUCGA